UACCGCGCGUAAGGAAACUUAUGCAAAAGACAAUUACGUCGUAUUUAAGCCCAAUAUAUAUUGUUAAAAUAUUACAAAAGAAGCGGGAAAUGUUUAAAAUAUGCUGUUAAUCGCUCCGUGUCUGAAAUAUUGAACUUGCGUAGUGUCCUUAUGGUCAGGAAGUUGUUAGUAGUAGUUAGUGCAGUAAACUGCCUGUGAGCUCACGCGAGUCUCUGCAGAUGGAGAACUUUAUUUUGUAUGAAGAGAUCGGGAGAGGUAACAGAACGGUGGUUUAUAAGGGGAGAAGUAAAGGCAGCAUACAUUUCGUGGCUAUCAUCUGCAGUGACAAAUCCAAGAGACCUGAACUCACAAACCAUGUGAGACUUGCUCAUGACAUUAAGCAUGACAAUGUGGCGUCUUUUUAUGAAUGGUAUGAGACUAGCAACCAUUUGUGGCUGGUGGUGGAGAUGUGCACAGGUGGAUCCCUGGCAGCGCUGGUUGCUCAAGAUGAGUGCCUGUCUGAAGAAGUAGUGCGAGAGUUUUCCAUCGACUUGAUGAAAGGUCUUAAAUACAUCCACGACUCUGGCAUUGUUGUCUCGGAUCUCACACCUGCAAAGAUUUUGUUGGAUGGACCAGGAACUCUGAAGUACUCUAAUUUCUGCCUGGCCAAGGCUCAAGGAGAAUGUCUGGAGGAGUUCUUCUCUCUUGUGAUGGCAGAGGAGAUGGGAGCUGGAGACAGCAAGGAGAAUAUUAUCUCUCCACAAAACAUCAAGAACAGAAUUAAAGGUUCUCCUGUGUAUUGUGCUCCUGAGGUGCUGAGAGGAGCAGACACCAGUGUCUGCAGUGACCUGUGGGCUUUAGGCUGCAUCCUAUAUGAGAUGUUCACAGGAAAACCACCCUUUGUCUCUGAGAGUAUGACCGGACUAGCUGAUCUCAUUUUAAAUGAAGGUCCUCCACCCCUAAGACAAAAAGAACCUGCUUUCUCACAGCCCAGUCCAGAGUUUGAGAGCCUAGUAAUGGGUUUACUUCAGAAAGACCCUGUGAAAAGGUUAAGCUGGGACCCUUUAUUAUCUCACCCGUUCUGGAGGGAAGCAUUUUCAGAGACAUGCAUCACUGUGGAAAAAGAGCAAGAUGAUGUCUCACCAAUGUCCAGCCUGCAUUUGGCCCCUGUGUCCUCUCAGACAACCAAGAAAGCACAGACGGCACCUGCUGACCCAGCCAGCCCAAACCUCAGCAAGUCCUUCACUUUAGAUAAUGUGAUAGAGUUUAGACCAAAGUCUGCACUGGACAUUGACGCCAGAGGCGCGAUUUUCCUCCUCAGCUCCAGACCAACUCCCAGAACAAGCAAUACAGCUCGAGAGACAGAAGACAAAGGCUCUGAAAUUCAACACCAUCUACUGGAUAUAUUCAACAUUACAAUCUGCUACUACCUCAUUGCUAUCCCUUACAGGGCCCCCUAA